CAUGGGAUUGUGUGCUCUGAAAAAAGUAAAUCAUCAACAAAACAAAGGGGCAAAGCAUUCAAUAAAAUAAGCAGUUUUUGAUAAAGAAGGCAAUCCCAGAUUGAUUAACAACAGAAAUGAUCAAUCCUCAAAGUUUAUUUAAUUCUCUGAUUCAAUAAAAGCAUUCCUGAAAUCGAGACAGAGAUAACGCAGAGCGAAUCCGUGUUUAUAUUGAACCGCGCGCACCACAUCAAAGCACCCUUCAUCACCUUUUAGAUUUUGAACAAAAAUGUCAAGCAACGAAGAAUCAAUGGAUGAUAGCAAUGGACAUUCAUUUGGAAAGGUCAAACAACGUUUCAAAGAUCGAUCUCAGAAAACAAAGGAGAAAACGAAACAGAUCUUGUCAAAACAAGCUGAUAAGAUCGCCAAACGAGCUGAGGAACAUGAACGAUUUAUUAACAAGGUGACACAUCUGAUGGGUGUUCUUGGAUUUGGGGCAUUUUGCUUUAUACUGGGUGCAAGGCCACAGGAUAUUCGAUAUGUUUACUGUUUGUUCUAUGUCAUUUUCGUUCCUCUGAGAUGGAUCUACUACAGAUACAAGAAAUGGCAUUACUAUCUUUUGGACUUUUGCUAUUAUGCAAACACAAUUUUUGUAGUUACGCUUCUGUUUUUCCCUACAAAUGAGAAGCUAUUCAUGGUUUGUUUCUCGUUCGCAGAGGGGCCUUUAGCAUGGGCAUUGAUUGUUUGGCGCUGUAGCUUAGUUUUUAGUUCAGUUGAUAAAAUUGUCAGUGUCUUCAUCCAUCUUUUACCUGGGUUGGUUUUCUUCACAAUUCGCUGGUGGGAUCCUGAGUUUUUUGGAGCUAUGCAUCCUGAAGGGACUCCAGCACGAGCAUCAUGGCCUUACAAAGAAAACCAAUCCUACCUUUGGACUUGGCUAUUUUGGGUCCCAUUAGCUGCAUAUUUUCUCUGGCAGGUUCUCUAUUAUCUCAUAGUAGAUGUCCUACGCCGACAGAGAUUUCUGCGAGACCCUGAAGUUAUGACAUCUUACAGGGAGCUCUCAAAAAAGGCAAAGAAAGCAAACAACAUAUGGUGGCGCGUCAGUGGUUUGCUUGGGGAUCAGAAUCGCUUGUUUAUGUAUAUUCUGCUCCAGGCCAUAUUUACACUAGCAACUACAGCACUCACCGUGCCCAUAUUUUUGUCAUAUAAGUUGCAUGUUGUAUUCCAAGUACUCAAGGUUUCAGCAUCUAUAUGGAAUGGUGGAAACUUUAUGUUAGAUGUGAUGCCCAGGCAAGUGAUUCUCAAGGAGGAAAAGAAAAAAUCAAAGAUGCCACCUGUCCCCGACCAGAACGAUCAGACUUCUUUGCAAGAGAGCGCAGCGGAUACUAAUAAUGCUUCCGAAACAGUCCAGUCUGAAUAAUGGAACUAUCUAAUUUGGAGUGCCCCAUCAUCACACUUAGUUGUUAACAUUUCUGCCUGCUUUACAUACAAAUGAAUGAAAGGUUUAAGUUCUGUGAACUCCAAGUUGUAGAUUUGGUGAAAGGAAAAAAUGAACUAUCUUCAUUCCGUUGUGAAUUAAAUCUGAAUAGUUGUUUGUUCUUUGGUAUACUUGGUGAAGGAAAGAUUAGCUUAGUUGUGAACU